UUAUCACGGUUAUCGACGGCGCGAUUACAUACUCACUUGCGCUAUCGUGACCAUGAUGGGGGGAAAUUUCCGGGCAUUUGCUCGGCCAUCUCAUCGGAUUGCUCAAGCGUUCUACCACAUGGCCGUAACAAUCUGCACAGUAGGGCCGCAGCAGUGGCUCAAUACCCCUGA